UAAUCUCAACCCUGCAGUAUUUAUUUCUGUCUUAGAAAUGGCAAGAGAAAGCUUGGCCGGAGAGAAUGGAAUCAUUCGACUAUUUGUGAGCUUCUUGAACGAUCUCUACUGAUCGUGUGCAACAGUUCAAGGGAGUGAAAUGUUUUAAUUUUUGGAAGUUAUUAUCUUACCAGUACACUUGUUUUAUGGCAUCUUGCUCAUUUUACGCACUGGUCUUUAAAUAGUGCACACUUCAGCUUUCGUAUCUAAGGAGGGGGGAAUAGUAUUUGAUGAGACUUUGUGGAAAAUUCCACCAAAGUUAUUUGUGAUGAGGACGAGUGAUAUUUUUUAACAUUUCAUGGCAAUUUUGGACGAUGUAACGCAUCGUAAAUAAUCAGCAGAAUAUAUGGAUGCACAAAUUAUACAAUGUACUAGUACAACAGUCUUGAUUCAUUUUGUCAUGAUGGUUUUGUAGUGUUUACUGGUACUGUAAAAUACAAUGACUAAUAUAUCAUUUUUGUCAUGUUGUUCUGCCUUGUUUUAAACAUGUAAAUCACAGGACUGCCUAAAACAGGUCAAUAUUGACGUGAGUUGUAUAUAACAGGGUUAAUUUGAAACAAAAGUGAAGGAAAGACUGAGUUAAAUCUCAAUGAAAGAAUCCAAAAUAUUUUGGUUGGAACAAAAGCUUCAGUCUGCCGACCAUGAGCCUCCGAUCAUGAGACUUCCUUUUUUUAUUAUUGCGCAAAAAGAACAUAGUACACAGUGGUGCCGUGCUCAAGCAUGAAGCUUAUGUUAGCGACACCACGGACAAAACUACAGCCAAAAACGUAAAAACGGGUACGGUUCUCUGAACAAAGACUUGUUUUGAACAAGGAUAUUGGCCACAAUACAGCCUCAGGUAACGUGACGCGCAGGACCUGUCAGUCAAGACGCUAACAGGUCAAAGGUGUGUCCAAUGGCUGUUAAGCAGCUACGUCACCGCCAACGAACCUGAUCACAAACGCCCAGUGUUAGUGGCACACGGCGAUACAUGGCCAAUCUGACACUUCCACGUUAUAUCUCCGGUGUGCUCGCCUGUAUCGUUUGUGUCUUUAUAUUCAUGACCAUGGACGUCGGUUUAACCGCCGGGAUUGUUGUUCUUGUUCUGAUAGUCCUUGGUAUUUUAUCUGUAGCUGCAUAUUACUUCUUGUUCCGUCACUAUUGCAACAGAAAGCCUGAAAAUGCAAGUCUUCUCGAAGCAGGAACUCAGCCACGGGAGGAACUGUGCGUAGUGGCCGCUGACCAGCACACACUGUCCACCAUCGCGGAGGAGGUCCGAGAGGCAACCGCAGGCAUACCGCAGGCAUACCCGGUUAGAGAACACCGUGUGAGCAACAGAAGGGACGUGGCUGACUUGCCUCUCUACCGCCGCUCCGUCUGCUGCGUUCGCAACGCAGAAAGGAACAUCUCCUUCAACAAGCAUGGAGAACCAGAACCGGACGCAGACCUGGGAUUUCGCGCCUUUCACAAGAUGGAAGAGUCUACAGGUCGUAGUGGAGUGAUACUCGUUCUUUUCGAUCACGGCCAAAGCCAGGGCAUUUCCGACCUGUACAGUAUGGAAGGCAUCAAUCCGUCACAGCGGCUACUCGACGCGGCUAAAGGCCCGCCUUGCCGUUUCCUAACUGUUUCUAGAAAACUUAAUAUAGAACAAAAAGGAUUUAUCAGUAGGUGGGCCAAACCCUGAAAAUGUUAUAACUAACGUAAGGUUUUUUAGUUUCUUCACGGAACAGAGCAAACUAAACUAGUAGCUGAUUUCAAUCGGGAAUCAUGAUAGGCAUUUUCGAAUCAAGUUGUUAAUAUUUCUGAGUGUACUACUUGUUUAUGAUGAUUAUGAUGCAAAAGCACGUAGCUUAGAAUGUAAAUUAUCAUAGACACUAAGUUUCAUAUAUCUGAAUUGAAUGCUUGCUUGAUUCUUUGUCAAUACGUAACGUUUUCGCGUAAAACGAUCGUAUGUCUGGAGCAAUAUACAGUGUGUAUAAGCUUACCGAAAGUGAAAGUUCAUGAUGAG